CCGGCGGGAAGGCUGUCGGUUAGGUGCUGUCGUUCGAGCGAAGAUGACUACGACAUCUGAAAAAAGAGCUAAUGAGACUGAUGAUGUGUAUUAUAAGGCAAAUGUAGUUUUAGUUGAUAUUGAAGGUACCACCACUUCAAUUGAUUUUGUUAAGAACACCCUUUUCCCAUACGUGAGGAAAAAUUUAGACGUGUAUUUGAAAAGCAAGUGGAAUGAUGCUGAAUUCAAAGAAGACCUAAAAUUGCUCCGAGAGCAGUCUAAACAGGACGAAGCAGAUGGUACAGAAGGCUUUGUUAAAAUACCAGAGGGUGUCUCAGAAGAUAUUUCUGAGGAUGUGAAAAAAAAUGUUUUAUGGCAGAUGGACUUGGAUCGUAAAACUAAAGCACUGAAGCAGCUGCAGGGACACAUAUGGCGAGAUGCUUAUAAGAAAGGAGAUGUUAAAGCUCAUGUGUAUCCAGAUGUUGCCCCAGCACUGAAGUCUUGGAAGCAGAGUGGGAAAGAUAUUUAUGUAUAUUCAUCUGGAAGUGUUGAAGCACAGAAGUUACUGUUUGGUCACACACAGGAUGGUGAUUUACUUGAGCUUUUUUCGGGUUACUUCGAUACAGCAGUGGGGCCAAAAGUGGAAGAGAGCAGCUAUUCCAACAUUGUUAAGUCCUUGAAGUGCAGAAGUGAAGAAAUUAUAUUCUUCACAGAUGUUCCAAAAGAAGCAAGAGCAGCAAAAUCAGCAGGCUUACAGGCUGUCAUUGUGGUCAGAGAAGGAAACCUUCCUAUUACAGAUGAAGAUAAACUUGAGUUUCCAGUAAUAAAGUCAUUUGAUGACAUUGUAUUUGAAACAUCUGUGAAGAGAAGAAAGAAAUCUGAAGAGGAAACAUUAGAACAGGGAAAGGAAAAUUCUGCUGUAGUUGAUGUAUCUAGUAUGCAGGAUGUGGAAAUGCAAGAAGAGCCAAUUGCUGAUAAAACUCAAACAUCAAAAGCAGCUGAAGGGGUAAGUAGUACUGAGAUGGUUGAGGCUGUAGUACAGCCAGAUUCCAUGAAGCAAACAGCUGUGGAACAGUGUGACAGCAUUGAAGAAGCAAAUCAGACCAGCUGCAAAGACAAAGAUAAUGUGAGCAAUGAUCUUAGCAGUACUAAGAAAACUGGUAGUGAGGUACUUGCUGAUAAGGGUACUGUUGCAAUUACGGAGCAAAAAAAGUCAAAUGAAACAAAUACAGAUACAUUGGAAAUAAAUGGUGCAGAUAAGUUGGAUGUGAAUAUUGAUAACCAGGUAGAAACCAAUGGGCCCAAAUGUCCUAAAGACAGUCUCUCUAAAUCUGAUGCUAAUAAUAUUGAUACUCCAAUAAAAACAAAUAGUGAUAACUCUACAAAUUCGAAAGAUGCAGUAUUAAAUGAAAAAAAGAAUAGCAGUUCAUCUUCGGAAAAGUGUCCUAGUCCUGAAGCUAAGAACUUGCCAAUCACUGGUAAUGACACUGUAGUUCCUGAUGGUAAGACUGAUAUUAAAUUGGCUGGCAGUGAUAAGGCCAAGCUUUGUGAUAAGACUGAAAUGGGAGAACAUGACAGCAAUAUUUGUGAUGACUCACCUCAUCCAUCUGGUAAGGAUGGUACAGAAUCUCUCUCAUCUGAUGCUACUGACAGUAAGACAAAGGUAGAAUCUCUGACUGAAAAGACUGAAUCCACAUUACUUAACACAGCUGAGCUGCCAAAUAAGACUGAAUGUACACAUACAGAAAAGACUGAAAACAUUUGUGCAAAGACUGAAUGUGUCACUACUGAUAACUCUGAAUCUGCUCCAGUUAGUAAGACUGAAUCCCUAAAACCUGUUGAAGCUGAACCUGUCACUAAAAAGACUGAAUCCGAAGUAAAUAAGACUGAACCAAUGGAAACAGAAGAUCUGACACCUGCACACACAGGAGACCUCAAAAGUAAGGAUGAAUCAGAACAAAAAGAUAAAGAAGUUGCACAGGAGAGUGCACCAGUCAGUGGGGUAGGAACUGAUAUUUCUCCAGCAACAGAUGGGGUUAAAGGUAAAGCAGCUGUGCCCUCAAGUGAGACCAAGGCUCCAGCAGCCGUAGAUGGAGGUAAGAUUGAGGUUGCUUUGGAGGCAACUGAGACUAUGAUGGAGGCAGCCGUAGAUGACAGUAAGGCCGAGGAUGUAAGGGAGGCAAUUCCACAUGAUGGUAAGGCUGAGGUUACAGCAGAGGCAACACCAUGUAGUGGUAAAGCUGAGCCUACAGUGGAGGCAAUCUCGGAUGGUUCUGAGGCUGCAGUGAAGGCAUCCUCAAAUGAUGGCAAUGCCAAGGCUGCAGUGAAGGCAUCCUCCGGUGGUAAGGCCGAGGUUGCGGCGCAGGUGAUCCCAGAUGGUGGUAAGGCUGACACUGCAGUGAAGACAAUGUCAGAUGGUGGUAAGGAUGAGGCUGCUGCAGAAGUGAUGCCCGAUGGUAGUAAGGAUGAGGUUGCUGCAGAAGUGAUACCAGAUUGUAUUAAGGCCGAGGCUGCAGCAGAAGUCACGCCAGAUGGUGGUAAGGCCAAGGAUACGGCAGAGGCAACGUCAGAUGGUAAGGCUGUGGUGGAGGUGACGCCAGAUGCUGGUAAGGCCGAGGCUGCGGCAGAGGCAACCCCAGAUGCUGGUAAGGCCGAGGCUGCGGCAGAGGCAACCCCAGAUGCUGGUAAGGCCGAGGCUGCGGCAGAGGCAACCCCAGAUGCUGGUAAGGCCGAGGCUGCGGCAGAGGCAACCCCAGAUGCUGGUAAGGCCGAGGCUGCGGCAGAGGCAACCCCAGAUGCUGGUAAGGCCGAGGCUGCGGCAGAGGCAACCCCAGAUGCUGGUAAGGCCGAGGCUGCGGCAGAGGCAACCCCAGAUGCUGGUAAGGCUGAGGCUGCGGCAGAGGCAACCCCAGAUGCUGGUAAGGCUGAGGCUGCAGCAGAGGCAACCCCAGAUGCUGGUAAGGCCGAGGCUGCGGCAACCCCAGAUGCUGGUAAGGCCGAGGUUGCGGCAGAGGCAACCCCAGAUGCUGGUAAUGUCGAGGUUGCGACGGAGGCGACCCCAGAUAGUGCUAAGGUUGAGGCUGCUGUGGAUGCAACCCCAGAUGAUGGUAAGGCAGAGACUGCAGUGGAGGUGACCCCUGAGGACAAUAUGAUGGAGGCAGCCCCAAAUAGUUGUAAUACAGAUUCUGUGACAGAGGCGGACCCAACUGGUGAUAAGGCUGAGGUGAAUGGUGGCAAUGCUACAAAAGUUAUUUCAGAUGUCAAGGCUAAUAGUGUUGCAUCUGUGACUGAAAUUAAAGCUGAUAACAAAACUGAUGUGCCCAUGGAAGAUGUUGAACCAAUGGUCACAGAUGGCACUGAACGAAUGUCAACUGAGAAAGCCGAACCUGUGAUCAAAGAUGAGUCUGAACCAAUGGUCACAGAUGAAGCUGAAUCUGUAGCAACAGAUGAAGCAAAGCCCGACACUGAAGGAGCAAAAAAUUCAUCAAGUGAUGCUGAACAUAUGGUGACGGAAGAUCCUGAACCAAUGGUUACAGAUGAUGAACCCAUGGCUACAAAUAAGGACGAAGCUGUGAACAGUACAGUAAAAGAUGAUGGUAAUGACAAACCUAAAGCAACACAGGCUGAAAGAGAGACAGCAGCUGAUGAGGAAAGCAGUAAAUGUACAAAAGAUGCUCCCAUAGAUUCCACCCCUGUGGUUGACAAUGCUAACUGUAACUCUGUGAACAAAGAUAUAGCUAUUAAGAAGGAAAAUGAUCCUGCCGGCACAGGGAAGCUUGAUGCAGUGUCAACUGCAAAAGAUGAUAUACUUGAAACUAAGACUGAAUCAUCAAAUAAUGAAAAUAAAAUAAGUGAGGCUCAAGGUCAGAACGUUGCAGAUAAUGUAAAAGAAACUGAAAAUGAAUUAAAGGAAGGGAAAAAGAAUGUUAAUAGUUGUGUUGAAAAUGGUGAGAGUACAGAAAAGACUGAGAACACUAGUGAGAAGCUUAAAGUAGCAGUGGAGAGUACUAAUAAAGUGGCUGACAAUGUUGUUAGCACUUAGACCAUGCUUGCAUAAAUAAAAUUAUUGAAACUAACAUAAUAUAUGGUUGUUAAUGUAAGUGAUGUACCAGUGAGACUGCUACAGUUUAAAAUACAGAUGAAAAAUGUACUUUCAGUCUUAAGUGCCAAAAUAUGGAGCUUUAAACAGUUUCACUAUAUAACACUUUCCCAACAAUUGCUAGCAAAUGAAGGGUACCACUUGUACUUCCAGGCAAGUCAGGCUGUUUGAUGUUCCUUAUGUCCCAUAUUUUACAGUGUCUGGCUUUGCCAUUUGGUAAACCAUGUUGCUAAUAAGAAUUCACAUGUUGUAAAUAUAUCAUACAUAAUGUAAUAAGGUCCAUUCCUGAAAUUUAGAGUACAUGGACUAGUUGUGCUCAAUUCUGCUACAUUCCGAGAGCUGCCAUAAGUGUUCACUUUUACAACUACCUUAGAAGAUAACAUUUUAAUGUUUUCACAUGGAGAUUAUAUUUUUAUAUCAAUGUACUACUGUAAAGUUAAUCUGUACUUCCUAAACUUUUUUAUUAAUAUAUUCCUUCUUAUAAUAGUAAUAGGACUGAGUUAGCUGUUGCAGUUCAUAUUGCAGCAACAGCAGAUACGUGAAAGUUGUCAGUUUUCUACUUGUCCUGCCUCUGUGAAUAUCUCCUGCACUGUUCUGGACACUGUCAAAUGUUUUAAUGUACAGUGACCACUUUGUAUUAUUUUGAAACAAUGUUCCUUUUACCACAGUAUUGCUGUAACACUAGAAGAGUAUUGAAGUGAUAAGUUUUGUAACUGCAGUACAGGAAUUUUACUCUUUAUAAAGUAUAAUUUUUUUAAAUUAGCAGUCUCGUAAGUAAAUUUUAGGGCAGUUGCAGUGAUCUUGUACUUAUGAGAAAUGUAUUAUGUACUAUAGAGUAUUGUGAAGUAAAAUUUUCAAAAAUACAUUGAGGGGAGAAAGUGUCAAAGCCUGCAAUUUUGUAAUAUUGUGAAUAAUAGUUGUAUCUGCGUAGUUGUCUUUGUCAACGAUGUAAAAUGACAAUAAAAAUUGUCUUAAG